UGUGCCAACCUUCAUUUUCAUUUUAAUUGCAUUGUAUAUAUCCUCUCCAUCUAAAGAUCUCUGCAUCUAAAGUCUGAAUCGGAUAUUCCAAGGCCGAUUAAGCUCUCCCAUGAUAAAGGUUUUAGGAGAAAUGAAACUUGAUAAGCCCAUCAGAGAUAUAUUUCUGGUUUCUUCCCUAACGGUGCUUAUCUUGCUAUGUUACUUGGUCGGCAAAGGACCUUUGCCUCUGUCUACAGAAACUGAAGCCACAUCUCCAUCUACAAAAACUGAAGCCACAUUUCCAUCUACAAUAACUGAAGCCACAUCUCCAUCUAUAGAAGUUGCAAGUGAUGCAGACGAGCUGGAGAUUGCUUUGGCGAAGGCUUCAAUGCCAAACAGGACUCUGAUCAUCACACCAGUGAAUGGGGCAUGGAUGGAGCCAAACAGUUUAAUAGAUCUUUUUCUAGAAAGCUUUCGGGUAGGGGAAGGAACACACAUGUUACUUAACCACCUCCUGAUUGUGGGCAUGGAUGUAAAAGCUUUCAACCGCUGUAAAGAAAUUCAUCCCCAUUGCUAUGAGCUUAGAACCGAGGGUGUUGAUUUUUCUGGGGAAAAGUUCUUCAUGUCACCUGAUUACGUCAAGAUGACGCAGACUAAAAUUCUCUUUCUGAAGACUGUGGUGGAAAGAAGAUAUAAUUUCGUAUUUACUGAUGCAGAUGUAAUGUGGUUACGAAACCCAUUCCAAAGGCUCUCAAAAGGGGUAGAUUUUCAAAUAUCUUGUGAUGACUACAACCAUAAUCCACAUGCUCUCUCAAACCAUCCAAAUACUGGAUUUUCAUUUGUUAAUGCCAAUGAACGAACUGCUAAACUCUAUGAGCUUUGGUAUGCCUAUACUAUUCGAUAUCCCAAAAUACAUGAUCAAAACGUCUUUAAUAGGAUGAAAUAUUCUAAAAACUUUACUCACAUUGGUCUAGAUAUCUUGUUCCUUGAUACAAGUUACUUUGGUGGAUUUUGUGAGCCAAAGGCAAAAUUAGAAGAUGUUUGCACUAUGCAUGCAAAUUGUUGUAAAGGUUUAAGGGCUAAGAUUGGUGAUCUCAGAGCAACUCUCAAUGAUUGGGUGCUAUUUAAAUCUUUCAACCCAAAUUCUCCUUUUGAAUUAAGAAGAAGAAGAGAGAUGGGUUGGACAAACAAAACAGAAUGCCAAGACUCUUUGCAUCAUAGAAAGCCUUAUAGGUGAAAUGUUAAUGGUUCUCAACUAUUUGAGAGAAGAAAAAUGUAAAUAUGGAUAAAAAUUAAGA